GCCUCCAGCUCGUCCAGCACAGUCGCCCCCGUCAGUUCAGUCACUAUCAGCCAUAAUCCCAACAUGAAAUUCCUCAUUGUGUUCGCCCUGUUCGCCUGCGCGGCCGCCGAUGUGAGCCACCUGAGCCAGUACCUGCCACCCACCAACGAGUAUCUGCCACCUGUUCAGAACUCGUACGCGGCGCCAUCGGUGAGCUACUCCGCCCCGGCCAUCCAGCAGACCUACUCGGCUCCGGCUUACCAACAGCAGACGUACUCCGCGCCAGCCAUCCAGCAGCAGACGUACUCCGCGCCAGCCAUCCAGCAGAGCUAUGUUGCCCCCAGCAAUGAGUAUCUGCCACCCGUGCAGCAGCAGACCUACUCCGUUCCAGCUGUCCAGAGGACCUACUCGGCUCCGUCCGUGAGCUACUCGGCCCCAUCCGUGAGCUACUCGGCUCCGUCUGUCCAGCAGACUUAUGCCGCUCCAUCGGUCAGCUACUCUGCCCCAUCCGUUAGCUACUCCCGUCCGGCUGUCCAGCAGUCGUACUCCGCCCCGGCCUACCAGCAGUCGUACUCCGCCCCGUCUGUGAGCUACUCGGCUCCCUCGGCCAGCGUGGAUGUGGGCACCCAGUAUGCCUCCAACGGUGGCUAUGUCUACAGGAAGUAGGAAGCUGAGCAAAAACUGAUCCAAUGUAAAUAACUCUUUUUCUUUGUGUGCAUUUCUGUUUUUACAUUUUACAUUUUUUUUUUUUUCGUGUAACAAAUUAAACGAAAAAGUUU